ACCAUUUCCACGUUUCCCCCCCGUGCGGGGCUGCAAAUUCCGAUCUCAUCCGGAGAACUUGAUAACACGUCUAGGCACGAUGUACGUUGAACCUGGGCUGACUGUACCAGCUCCGGUGAGGGCGGGCGACUGCGGCUUUAAUAGGCGAGGCGCUUUCGAUGAGCUCGUUGAUGCGGGACGGUCGUGUUCCGCCAACCGGCCUCUGGAGGACGUGCGAGACGGCGGGUGUCUUCGUUCUUGGCUACGGAAUGCCUAUUUAAUAUGCGGAGCCUGGCGAGACAUGUGGCAGUUUCUCAGAUGAGCUGCUGUAGCCCUCACAAUACCGCGGGGCGGAAACGCCGACUGGGACUACGUGCGCUCACCUUAUCUACCCGAUCGAUAUCUCACAGCCAUCGGUGAGGGAGGAGCUGCCGGGGCAAAUACAGCAUUACAUGGUAUAGACGCUGACUCUGGGAUUACGUGCGCUUCCCUGGACCAUGUCGCAGACGCUCGAUGAUACUAUACCCAGCAUGCGCACAUGCCGACAAGUUGAUGUGCGCAAUAUGGUAUUGUGCGAGAGAUGGCUUGCCAUACCUUGACCCUGCAUAAGGGAUCACUGGAAGGAGAAGAACAUGAUACAAAAACACUAACAUACAGCGAAAGCAUGCCCAAUCAGUACGUGAAGUCCUCAAACGACCCCCCAGUACCAACGGGCAGCUGAGGCAUCUCGUAUGCGCCCCAGAAUGGCGCCGGUGCGAAGGCUCCCUCGACAAAAUCCCUCGACAACGCCC